UGCUUGAUGAGUGCGCAGUGAUGUCCGUAUCGCUUUGUGCAUUCCGUUUAGAGGUAACGAACAGUCGUAAUCCAAUAGAUUUCGAGCACUACCUUGCCCCGAAGCUGGUAAAGAUGGCAUCAGGAGGCUCUGCAGGGACCUCAGAGUUGGGCCAGAGUCACCCUGGCCGACAGCGCCGCCAGCACGACAGGCGCGCGCUGGCGCAUGUCACUGUGGAGACGGUGGUGCCGCAGCUGGUGGACGCCGCCGCCGGCGCUGCGCGGACGUCCGUCCCGCCGUCCGACGAGCCGGCAGGGUCAGAGUCUGCACGCGCCGACUCGCGGGCGGCGGCCGUCACCCCGCCCGACGGUGACGUGGUGAUCGGGCCGUCCGGCAAGGCCGUCUCGUAUGCCGACCUGGUCAAGUCGGGCCGCGAGCCGUCGCUGCCGCUGCGGCCCAGCAAGGAGGGCACGCCGUCUGAUGAGGCGUCGCUGGACCAGAAGCCGUUUAUCUCGGGAAACCCGUUCGUCGAGGUCACCAAGGGCCUGCUGCACCUCUACAAGGAAAACGCGAUGACCAGUCUGGAGGAGGGCACGGAGAGAUCGGAGAUGAUCUGCAUGAUGUCGGUGCCGGCGAAGAUGGUGAUCCACGACCUGCUCCAGUUCACGGCCCCCUGCUACCCGGACAUCGAGCGCAUGCGCAUCAUCCGGGACAGCACGCCCAACCAGUACAUGGCACUCAUCAAAUUCCGCCAUCAGGCCGCGGCUGACGAGUUCUACCGCAACUUCAACGGCGUGCGGUACAACAGCAUGGAACCGGAGACGUGUCGGCUGGUGUACGUGUCCCGGGUGGACCUAGUCAACGAGUCGGACGAGGCGCGUCUGCCCAUCCCAGGGUUCACGGAGCUGCCCACGUGCCCGGUCUGCCUGGAGCGGAUGGAUGAAUCGGUCAACGGCAUCCUGACUGUCCUCUGCAACCACUCAUUUCACGGGAGCUGUCUGAGUCAGUGGGGCGACACCAGCUGUCCCGUCUGCCGGUACGUGCAGACCCCGGAGGAGGCCGAGGACAACUUCUGCUUCGAGUGCCAGGCCAGCGACAGUCUGUGGAUCUGCCUGAUCUGCGGCCACGUCGGCUGCGGCAGAUACGUCGGCGGCCACGCCUACAGUCACUUCUUGGACACGGGUCAUACGUACACGAUGCGUGUGGGGAGCACGCGCGUUUGGGACUACGUGGGCGACAACUUUGUCCACCGGCUGGUGCAGAACAACGACGACGGCAAGAUGGUGGAGGUGGACGACAACGGUCACGGGCGUCACGACUCCAAACACGGCGGCGACUCGGAGGAGAAGCUGGAGGGUAUCCAGCUGGAGUACACGUACCUGCUGACCAGUCAGCUGCAGUCGCAGCGCCAGUACUACGAGGAGUGCAUCGCACGCAUCGAGAAGGACGGCCAGAAGCAGGCGGAGGAGCUGCGCGAGCGCACGCGCCAGGCUGUGGAGGAGACGCACACGCUGCGGGAGCGACUGCAGCAGGCCGGGCGGGAGCGCACCGCCGCCGACAAGAAG